AUGAAUGGAAAUCUGAAUAUGAAUGUUAUGAAUAUGCCAGGGAUGAAUAUGAAUAUGGCUGGCAUGAACAAUAAUAAUAACAAUAAUCAGGCCAUGGCAGCGAUGAUGCAGAACCAAAAUUUUGGUAAUCCGUUAAUGCAACAGCCCCAGAUACAGCAACAACAGCCACUACCACAGCAGGGUGUUUCCCAGAGGCCUGGAAUGCAUAGGGCUGCGACGAUUCAACAGGGGAAUCCAGUGACGGGACAAGCACCAAUGGCGAAGAUGGGACAGUUCAGUCCAAAUGGAAUUAUUUCGGGACCUAAUUCUGCACCUAUUCCAGGAACAGGCAACAAUUCAGCGGGUACAUCUCAGGGGCAUACGCCCCAGAUGGGCAACCAACCACAACCCCCUUUGCAAGGCCAAUUUCCACCUCAAUUUCCUCAACAACCAGUACAGCAAGGACAGAAAAUAAAUGGUGGGCCCAUCAACAGUAAUGUCACGCCAAUAGUACCACAACAACAACAACCGACUCCACAGAGCCAGCCACGUCCGGGGAUGCCUCAGCAGAAGCAAAAUAUGCCAAUGCAAGGCCAAAUUCAAGGAGGUCAGUUACAUUCCCCAAUGCAAAAACAGCCGAUAGCAAAUAGUCCUCAGUUCUUUAGAAAUCAAGAACAAGAACAAAUGCAAAAUGAAUUAAAUGCAAAAAUUUUUAAAAGGAAUUUGGGUAAUGCAGGUGUUAUCCGUAUAUUGAAUCUAAUUGAUCAAAUAAGUAAUGAAUCAUAUGAAAACUUGUCCAAAUUAGGAUUCUGGCAAAAGGUUAUACAACUUUAUUGUGUUCCCUCAUGUACUGUGAGAUUAACUACAGCACCUUCUUCUAAUGCAAGCAAAUCGGCUAAUCAUAAAUUCACUUUGGAUGCACAACAGCAUACAUUACCUCGCCAAUUUGAAUUAAAUGUGUUAACGGCACCACGAUUUUUUCUCGCUCAAAUAUUAUCGGGUCAAGUUUCUAAACUAUCGAUUACUUUACCAGGGUUAAAGUUUCAAGUAAUGAAUAACAGCUCAAUUUUUAUUAUAUCCCGGUUAUCUAUACAAUACAAUUACGCAGACGGUUCGGUAUCGAAUGUUACUGGAACGUUUAAAAUGUUAAUGAAUAGAGAAUUUCGCAUUGAAUGGAUAGACUGCCAAUGUUCAAAUAUUCAAAGUUCUGUCAACUUUGAAACUUUGGAAAGACAAUGGGCCAAUUUUUCCCAAUCUCAACAUGAAAAUGACAGAAAGGAAGAAGAUGAUCAAAGUCAACAAGAAUUCCCUAAGUACUUACGCCAAUCUUCGACCGCUAUAGCAUCGUCUGAUACUUGUGGGUUGCAUGAAGAUGCAUUCAGAGUUUUGCAAAUAGGAGACGUAAUGUCACAUCUUAGAGCAUUGAUGGGAUUCUCAACAGCAAAUAAUAUCAGUUCACCAAUGAAGUCCCUAGAACUUUUUAUGUCUGUUAAUAACAACCAGCAACCUCAGAAUAUACAACCCCAAAACAAGAUGAAUUCAAAUGAUCCUAGUAAGAAUGGUACAUCACCAUCUCCAAAUAUGAAUACAUGA